GAGCAGAGUGUCGCGUAUAAAUACAAGUUUUACAAGCUUAGAAGACCAGUAGUCAAUGAAAACUUAUACUGCCAGUUUACCUACCUAUACUGCAGCUGUAUUUACAAUUAUUUUCGUUUGAACAACGCUUGUUAAAAUGAGGAAACGAAUGAAAGAACUUAUAGUUACAGGAAAUGGUUACUUUUGGUGCAACCUUUGUGGCAAGAAAUCCAAUAAGAAAUCUGUGUUAUUGGCUCAUAUGAAAAAACACAAUGUAGAUGAACAGCGACCAAUCAAGUGCAAAGAGUGUGGGAUUUCAUUUAUCUCAAAUGCAAAGCUGGUUAUCCAUGUAAGAAUACACACCGGUGAAAAACCAUAUAAGUGUGAAAGUUGUGAUUGGAGAUUCGUCCAGAAAGGCAAUCUUACAAAACACAAAGAGAGAUGCAAGUCCAUCAAAAGGAAAGCUAAAAACCCAAAACGUGAUGAAGUGGUUGCUCGGUGCGAAAAAUGUGGUAAAGGCUUCAAGUACAAGUUCAACCUUAAGAAUCAUAUGAAGAUACACAAUAGAGAGAAAACACACAAAUGUAAGUUGUGCUCCAUGGAGUAUUCACAAGAAGCUUCUCUCGAGAAACACGUACAGGACUGUCAUGCCACUAAAAAAGUCAAUGAUUGUAAGAGUGAUGGUACCGGACUGAUCAAUGGAUAUUAUUGGUGUAAAAGGUGUGGGAAAAAAUUUAGAACUAAAGAUGCAUUGAGUGCUCACUUGAAAUCAACGAUAGGGGAAAGACCAAGCAUGUGUGCAGAAUGUGGGAAAAGAUGUCCACACCGUGCAGCCCUUGUUUUACACAUCAGAUCCCAUACACAUGAAUGCCCAUAUGUAUGUUAUGUAUGUGAGCACGGCUUUAACCAAAAAUCUGACAUGCAUAAACAUAUAAACGCAAAACAUCCGGGGUAUAAACUGACAUUGGAAAGUCCACAGCAAACACAACACUUGGAGUCAAAGCCUCACAAAUGUGAUAUUUGUUCCAAGGAAUAUGUGUUAAAAAAAUGCCUCCUAAACCAUAUCACAUCAGCACAUCCAGAAAAAGAAUCUUCUCAGGAGAGCAAUAUCAGAAGCCACACAGUUGAAAAAAUUGGUGAAAAUCCAGUAGUGAAAGGAGGUGCUGGAACGGCAAGACUUCGUGGUUACUUUUGGUGUCGAAGGUGUGGAAUGAAAUUCAGAAAAGAGACUGCCUUGAAAUCUCAUUUGAAAUCUAAUGAGGAUGAACGGCCAACAGUUUGUAAGGAAUGUUGUAAAGUUUGUCAUUUCCCAGGAAACCUGGUUGUACAUAUUAGAUCACAUACUGGUGAACGUCCUUUUAAGUGUGACCAGUGCACACAAAGUUUCUCUCAGACUGUCAACUUGAAAAGACAUCAGUUAAGUUUUCACAAACCAAAUGGAAAUACUGCUUCAAAAAAAUACACCUGCAAAAAAUGUGGAAAGCAUUUCACGUCCUGGUCAAAUCUGUUAUUUCAUUCAAAAUCCCACAAUAAUGAAACCAAAAAGCAUGUUAAGCGACCUUAUGUGAUCAAGAGUGCAAAGAAAAAUCAACAAUCUCACCCUGACGUGAAUGAGAGCGUCAAGCAACAGCAGCAUUCUCAGCCACUUCCUAGUCCCUCCAACAAUGCUGAAGAACAAGCAUGCGAGUAUUGUGGCAAGAAAUUCUCACAAAGGAGCAAUCUCCGUGCUCACAGGCGAAUACAUACUGGUGAGAAACCAUACAAGUGUGAUGUCUGCGGGAUGUGCUUCUCCCAGAGUGGUAAUCUAAGAUACCAUGCCCGACGACAACAUCCUGGACAGAAUCCCUGUGGCUGCACACAGUGUGGUAAAAAGUUUGACAACUUUUUUUUACUCAGUUUACAUAAAAAGAAAGUCCAUGGUGCAUUGAAACUUAAAACUAAUCAGCUGAAGUCAUCAAUUUCCCAUAGCUGUGAAAUAUGUGGGAGAACAUUUAAAUGGUUACGGCACUUAGCAAGACACAAACAGGCGUUCCAUAUGAACAAGUCAUCUCGCAAAUUGAAAGUGAAACCGCAACAGUCUCCAGAAAAACUGGUUGCUCAAGAUAGACCCUACAAAUGCACUGAAUGUGAGAGAGAUUUUGUGUUAGGUGCUCAUCUCGCAUGGCAUAGACUUAACAAGCAUCAAUCUAAUAACGUGCACCAGAAGGAAACACCACAAAGUGUUGUUGAAAAAAACCUAAGACCAAGACGGUUGAAGUCUUUGGGGCAUAAACAAAAAGCCAGUAAUAAUUGUGAUAUGUGUGGGAAGACUUUUCAAUUUCAUGGUCAUCUGUUAUGGCAUAAAGAAACAGAACACAAUGAGUAUACAUCUCUCAAUCACACACAAAAAAGCCCAAGUACGCCAACCGAAGAUGGGUUCCCGUGCGACAACUGUGAUAAAAAGUUUGCGUUGAAAUGCCACUUAGUGAAACAUUUACAAAGCAUCCACAAAAGAACCAAACUAGAUAAAAAGCUUCUAAAGCGCAGGUCAUUUACAAUGCUUAAGAAUUAUGAAUGUGAUUGGUGCUGGAAAACUUUUCGGCAUAAGUACCUUCUCAUCCAGCAUAAGGAAAUGCACCACAGCCAAAUAGAACCCAAUGCUGUGGUUACAAGUCCAGGCCAUCAAUGUAAAAAAUGUGGGAAGAGUUUCAUAAAGGAAGGCAACUUGCUGAGGCAUCGACUCAACUGUGGUGAAAGGCCAUUUGUAUGUUUACAGUGUGGGAAAGCAUUUAUAAUUGAAAGCAAUCUACAGCAGCAUAUUGAAACAUGGCAUGCCAAGAAACCCCCUCUAGUCAAUUGUCAUUCGCGGACAUCAUUGUAUCAGAAAGUAUUCAAGUGUAAUCUGUGUGACUACUCAUCCUGGCAGAAGGGUAACUUUGACAGACACAUGGAGACUCACAAUCACAGUUGCCAACAGCCUAUUGACAGCUAUCCCACACAAUCAGAACUUGAAUCGCAUAUUUCAAUGCACAAAAUCAACAUGCAGGAAGUUACAACUGAAACAAAUUCCAAUGACUUCCAUUUGAUGUACGCCGACGCUGAUGCCGGUGAUCUUCAUGACAACAAUACUUCUGUAGCUGGUGUAAAUGUACAUUUUGAAAAUUUGUUUGACAUUGUCAGAGAUGAUCAAGGAGGACAGUUAAUUCGCAUGAAGUUCAGAUUGUAAACUGAUAUUGUUAAUUUCUCUGCCAUUUAGAGUGAUUUACGGAGACCAAACGGCGGUGUAUUAGAUUAUGAUAGUGGCUAGGAUUAUAAGACUCGGAUAUCUAUAUUUAGUGAUAUGCAAUGAAGGUCUUGUAGUCUUGUGAGUUCUAAGUGAAAGAAGUCGUCAAUCAAACAGUUUAUUCAGUGAUUUUACAGAACACUGUGGAUGUUUGAAUAAUUUUGAUUGCAUAAACAGAUUAUUACCGUAUUCAAACGUGCAAAUACAAGCUUUGCAAAUAAGUAAGUACACAGACUAGCACAUUUUCUUUUGGUAUGUUUUAGAAAUGUACAUUUGCUGAGCAAUUUGGUGAUCGCCUUGCAGUUCUCACGAGAUCUUCAUCACACAUCACCCCACUUGCAUACCCUUGUCUUAUGAAUCCUUGUAAUUAUAACUAAAAUAUAAAAGCAUUAAUUUAACAUGUAUAUACUUUACCUGUAUUUUUGUAUAUUGUGUGCAUAGCCACUGGAAGUGACUUCUAUUGAUCUUUUGGGGUUUACAAGAUUUUAAUUUGAUUUACCA